CAGGGCCCUGCCGUGACCGAGGCAGAGGAGGAGGCCCACAUUGCCGACACCGGUCGCCUGUUUGUGCGGAACCUGCCCUACUCAGCGACCGAGGCUGAGCUGCAGGCGUUGUUUGAGGGGUAUGGGGAUGUGUCGGAGGUGCACCUGGUGCUGGACAGAGCCAGCAAGAAGAGCAAGGGCUUUGCCCUGGUGCAGUUUGCUGACCCUCAGGACGCGGUCAAGGCGCACGCCGAGCUGGAUGCCAGCAUCUUCCAAGGCCGCCUCAUCCACAUCCUGCCCGGCAAGCGGCCGCCGCCACCGCCCGAGGGAGCGGCGGCGGGCGAGGGCGAGGGCGAGGGCGAGGGCGGCGGCGGCGCCAAGCGCGGCGCCACCAGCAGCUACAAGGAGCAGAAGGAGGCGGCUCUUAGGGCCACCGCCGGCAACAGAUCGGCUUGGAACACGCUCUUCAUGCGGGCAGACACGGUGGCAGACGCAGUGGCUGCACAUUAUGGCGUGAGCAAGGCGGAGCUUCUGGAUCGGGAGGCGGGUGACAUGGCGGUACGCAUGGCGCUGGGAGAGACGCAGGUCAUCGCCGAGACGAAGCGGGCGCUCGGGGAGGCGGGUGGGUGGCGGCGCCGCACCCGCGGCGUGGCGCGCAGCGACCGGGUGCUGGUGGUGAAGAACCUGCCCUUCACCGCUUCACUAGAGGAGCUGGAGGCGUUGUUUGGGACCAUAGGCGCGCUGGGGCGGCUGGUGCUGCCGCCCACCCGCACGCUGGCGCUUGUUGAGUACCUGGAGGCUCAGGAUGCGCGCCGCGCGUUCAAGGCGCUGGCAUACAAGCGGUACCAGCAUGUACCGCUGUACCUUGAGUGGGCGCCCAGGACCAUCUUCUCCACCCCGCCGCCGCCCCGCCCCGCCGCGGGCACCCCUGCCGCUGCCCCCGCUGCCGCUGCCGCUGCUGCGGCGCCGGCAGGCAAAGCGGGCAAGGCGGGCAAGGGCAGUGCUGGCAAGGCUGCAGGGGAGCUGCUGACCGGGGUGGCAGAGGCGCAGGCGGAGGAGGUGGAAAGCAGCUCCAUCUUCGUCAAAAACCUGGCAUGGGCCACAGAAGACGCGGCCCUCAAGGCGCACUUUGAUGCUGCAGUGUCGGCAGCAGGCGGCGCCGUGCGGGCGGUCAAGGUGGCCAAGCGCAAGGGCCCCGACGGCAAGCUGCUGUCGGCCGGCUUUGGCUUUGUGGAGUGCAGCAGCGAUGCGGCGGCCAAGGCGGCUGUCAAGGCGCUGCAGGGCACCGCCCUGGACGGCCACAAGCUGGUGCUGCAGCUGUCCACCAGCCGGCCGGGCGGCGCGGCGGGCGAGGCCGGCGCGGGCAAGCGCAAGGCGGACGGUACCGGCAGUACCGGCGGUGCGGCGGUACUGCCGGAUACCUGCAAGGUGGUGGUGCGCAACGUGGCCUUUGAGGCCACCCGCAAGGACAUCAUGGGGCUGUUCACGCCCUUUGGACACGUCAACAGCUGCCGCCUGCCGCGCAAGUUUGACGGCACGCACAGGGGCUUUGCGUUUGUGGACUUUGCCACCAAGCAGGAGGCACGCAACGCGAUGGAGGCGGUGCAGGGGGCGCACCUGUAUGGCCGCCGCCUGGUGCUGGAAUGGGCCGAGGAGGAGGGAGGGCUGGAUGAGCUGCGGGCCAAGACA